AUGUCAACCGUAUCCGAAUCAACACUCUUGUUGAGUAAAAGACAAGAUCAGAAUAAGGGCUAUCGACAUGAGUUGAAAUGGUUACUCAAGAAUGCAAUGCCUCUAGUGAUCAGUUACUUGCUGCAGAAUAGUUUGCAAAGUGUCAGUAUCAUUACUGCUGGCCAUUUGGGCGCAAAUGAAUUGGCUUCUGCUACAUUGGGCAGCAUGUUUGUCACCAUCACUGGUUUAUCUGUAGCCACAGGUGCUACGCUCUCACUCGAUACCCUCUGCUCUCAAUCCUUCACUAGCUCGGACAACAAGACCAUUGUCGGUCUCCAUGUGCAACGCUGCCUUGCGUUCAUGUCGUUGUUAUAUAUUCCCAUUAUAGGCAUCUGGUGGCAUGCGGAAUACAUCUUUUUACUCUUACGUCAAGAUCCCGUUGUGGCACAACUCGCUGGUCAUUAUGUACGUUGGAUGAUCUUGGCUGCUCCUGCUUUUGCCUUGUUUGAAGCGCUCAAGAAAAUGCUACAAGCACAAGGCAUUUUUCGUGCUCCUACCAUGGUGUUGAUGUUGGCUACUCCAAUCAACCUGCUCCUGAAUUAUGCCUUGGUCUGGAUUCCGGCUACUUCAUUUGGAUUCAGUGGUGCUCCCAUGGCAAGUUGUCUGUCGUAUUGGCUGAUCGUCUUGUUGAUGGCUCUCUACAUUUACUGGGUGGAUGGCUAUCAAGCAUGGCCUGCUUGGUCUACAUCGGCUGCUUUCAAUAUGCGUCAUUGGGGUCCUAUGGUCAAACUCGCUGUCCCUGGUAUCCUGUUGAUCUGUACCGAGACAUGGGCCUAUGAAAUUGUUGCUUUAGGGGCAAGCUGGAUUGAUACCCCCAACUUGGGCGCUAUGAGCAUCAUUUUAACUUCGAUUACUGCCUUGUAUACAUUGGCUUUUGGCGUCGGUAUUGCUUCCGCCAACCGUGUUGGUAACUUGCUGGGUGCUCAGCGUCCUAAACAAGCUCGUAUCGCUGUUCGCACUACAUUAUGCGUGGCUACGGGUGUCGCCGCCCUAAACAGUGUGGCAUUGCUUGUGUUCCGUAAACAAUGGGCUUAUAUCUUUACCAGUGAUGCUGAAGUCGCUCAACUUGUCAGCAAUGUCUUGCCCUUGGUGGCUCUCUUUGUGUUUGCUGACAAUAUUGCUGGUAUCGCUGAUGGUGCUUUGAAUGGUAUGGGUCGUCAACAUGUAGGCGCUUGGUGCAACUUGGCCUCUUAUUAUCUGUUUGCUAUACCUAUUGGGUUCUAUCUGUGCUUCAGCAAAGGCUGGAAGCUAUCUGGUCUAUGGGCUGCCUUAGCUGGCUCUUUGAUUGUUGCUUGUUUUAUCACCGUUGUCGUCUUGUUGUCUUCCAAUUGGCAAAAAGAAGCAUUGAAAGCUGAAGAAAGAUCAAAGGAAGAAGAGAACAACACCAGUAGCAGUAGCAGCAGUAGCAGCAGUAGUAGCAGCGCUGGUGUGAUCUGUCAAAGCCCCCUUCCCAUUUAA